UGAUUGAUUUGCAAAAUUAAAUGAAUGACAAUAUACAAAAAAUGAAUGGAGAUAUACCAUAUAUAACAAUUAUAUCUAUUUAUAUAUUGUCAUUUAAUGUAUUCUCAACAAAUUCACGUACAUCAACACUUUGGAAAUUAAAUGCUGAAGAGGAGAAAAUUGUCGAAGCAAGUCCAUUCCAUCAGGUUGUAACUAUACCAGGUGGUGUAUCUGAUGGACAAUUUGUAACCGAAGAUGAUCCAAUUUUUAAUAUUAUAACCUCAACAGUACAUUUUGGUGAAUUUUGGACGAAGCAAAGUUUAGAAUACUAUUGUACGGAUUGUCAAUCAUUACAAAAUGGAAAACAUAUUGGUGAUAAAUAUGAUAAGAACGCAACAAAUAUAAAUUCGAUAAGAGAUAAUGAUAAUAGUGCCACAAUUGCAGACGACGAAGUUUUAGAUUGUGGUAAAACCGUUAAUUUUACAUAUUAUGAUAGUUUGGCAGGUGUUGCAUUACGACAUAUGCAUCCAACGGUACCAGAGCCAAAAGUUGCUCAAAUAUUCACUAAGAAAAAAAAUAAUAAAAAUGGUGUAGCUGAAUUUGAUGUGAAUGCAUUAGAAAGACGACUCAAAAAAGCAAAACGAGAGAAACCGAAAUCAAUUCAACUUUAUAAUCAAAUUGGUAAUUUUUGGCGCAUAAAAGGUGAUGCACAUAAAUCAAUAGAAUGUUUUCGACGAGCUUUAGCAGUUUCACCUCAUAAUGCGGAGGUAUUGCUAAAUUUAGCAAAAGUAUUAUUUGCUGUACAAUAUUUUGAUGAUGCCAUUUAUGUGGCACAACGUUCGUUAGAAGUACAACCGCCUGAUAAAAAUGCUUGGCAACAAUAUUAUACACUAGGUGAGAUCUUUAAAGCAAGUGGUCGAUUUCAAGAGGCAUCUAUACAUCUAAGACAUACGUUAGAGUUGCGUCCUGAAUUUGAGCCUGCAAUAACAGCGCUUAAAGAAGUUGAAUCAUUGCCAGAAGCUGCCAUUCAUAUGUAUACGUUAAUCAUUAUCAUAUUAUUGGUUGUUGGAGUUUUGUUGGUAAUUGUAGCUUCAGUUGAUUCGAAUCUAGAAGCUGAAUUAUCGGAAGUAAAAACACAUCAACGUCAUUUUAAUAGAGCAAUGGCAAUGCGAUCUCUACGACGUAUGUCGUUAUCAUCUCGAUCAUUACGUACUAAAAAGGCAGGUGGUUAAAAAAACAAAUAAAAAACCACCAAAAUAAAAUAAUUUUCUCUCCUCCUCGUUGAAUAUAAUUGAUAAUAUGCUUUAAUUAGAAUGUAUCUAAAUGUUUGUAGUUUAAUAACUUAUUAAUACGUGAAUUAUUUUUUUAUCAGUUCGAAUUAUUAGUCAUUCGAAAAAUGCGUUACUUAAUUCGCUUGAUUUCCGAAUGCUUUGUAUAAAGAAUUUCUUUUGUUGUUUUUUCUUUUGAAAUCAGAAUAACAACUUUAUUUUUUUAUUUUUUCUUUACGUUUAAUUGAAACGCGAUAUUUUACCUCGUGAGAAUGUAACAGAGUUGUGAGUACAAAUAGGGUAUUCCACUAGAAAAAUUACUUCAAAAUGUUGAUUUUGCUAAUAAAAAGCCACCAAAAAUUUAUUUCGGAAAAAUAC